AUGAAUCAUCCCAGAGAGCUGAGGCACCAGGCUGCUGGUCAUACUGGGACACUAACGGAUCGAGAUGGGCUGCUUGUGUUUAAACCUGCGUUGGAUCGGGAGCUAGCGUUUUAUCAAGCGGUGCAGAAGAGGAUGUAUAGUGAGGGAAAUGAUGACGGUAAUAGAGAGGGAGACGUGCCGUUGUACUCCUGGAUGCCAACUUUCCUUGGAACUUUGAAUGAGGGAGAGCAAGGAACAGAAGGUGGGAAAUAUAUAGUACUGGAGAAUCUGUUGCACGGGUUCUCUGAGCCCAAUGUGAUGGAUGUGAAGCUUGGGAAAGUGUUGUAUGACAACGAGGCGAGUGUGGAGAAACGGGAAAGGUUGGCGCAGGUUAGUAAGACAACGACGAGUGGAUCUCUAGGAUUUAGAAUUUGUGGGAUGAAAUUGAAACGGAAUAAAAUGGUUGAGCAGGUCGAUCCAGCACAUGUAGAACCGGAUGAGGACGACUAUGUGUUCUUAAAUAAGCAUUUUGGCCGCAGCCGUACUGAGGACAAUAUUGAGGAUUCGUUUAGGCUGUUCUUUGCCAACAGUAAACUCUCACCAGAAAGAGUCAAGACAUUGAAAAGGACUUUUCUUCAUCGAUUGCAAUUACUGUACAACACUUUACUUGAAGAAGAAGUGCGCAUGGUUUCAUGUUCGCUGUUGUUUAUCUAUGAGGGCGAACCGAAGCGUUGGGAUGCACUGAACGAUCGAGAUUCUCUGCUACGUGACGAGUUUAUUGAUUCUGGUGAUGAGGACAGUGACAGUGAAAACGAAUCUACUGGUGGGAAGACAGGAUUGAGCUCGCUAUCGUUGAUCGAUUUUGCGCAUUCGAAGCUCGUUCCCGGUGAAGGCUACGACGAGGGUCUCGUGGAUGCAAUAGAAAAUCUAAUGACUUUAUUUCACAAUAUUUGUAUACGCAUUUAA